AUGAAUUAACCCGAGGAAACUAACCUAACAACACAAUGCCCAAAUAAAUUCAAGCUCUUGGAUAUCAAAAAUCAACAAAUCGCAAAUAUAGUCAAAUUCAAAAUUCAGUUGGCUAAAAGAAUUGUAAACAUCAAACAACAUUCCUGA